UUCGUGUGAAAAAGUAUGUAGGCGUGCACAUAUAUUGGCAUUUUAUAAACCAUUCUGACAAAUCGUCAAUCGGUUUCAUAGAACGAACUGAAAUAAUGCUGGUGUUUCUUGUUCUCGCUUUCAUUCCGUGCAUUUUUGCACAGGCCAUUGACAUGGACGCCUGGUACGCCCAUCUGGAGGUGGAGACGGAGAAGCUGUGGACAUCACUCGACUACAACAAGAACGGCCAAUACGACCUCCACGACGUGCACCAGUUUAUCAGAGACUACGACACAGACCGUGAUCACCAGGUGACUGCCAAGGAGUUCUACUUCCACUUCGACAUGAGUGAGCCGGCACUGGCCCGCGUCCACACCGGCCUCUUCAACGAGUACGACAACGACCAGAACGGCGUCGUCACCACCUCCGACAUCGAGGCCGUCUACGGAAAAAUGGACAUGGACAAAGAUGGAACAGUCAACAAAGCUGAGUUUAAAGAAUACUACAAAAAUCUUUUGACCUUGUUGUAUUUGAUUCAGUUUGAAGAACAGACCUAAAUUAAAAUAUAGUUUACCAAUA